AUGGGGGACACUACGAUAGCUCACACGACUGCGAUCCUGCAAACUCUCGCAGUAUUGAGUCUCGACUCUCCGCAGGCGAAUGUUUACGGCAACAAAGGGAUUAGGUUACCAGGUGCAGAUACAGCAGAGAAGCUUGCCCUCGAGCGAGAACUUGCGGCGUUGGUAUCAAGGGUUCAGAGAUUAGAAGCAAAAGCGACAGCCAAUAAUCAUGUGUUGCCUGAUACGCCGAAUGAGAUAGGAGCACCAUCUGCUUUCGCCGAUGUCCUCACUGGUGCUCCAUCUCGAGCCUCGAAGAGUACUACAUCCCGACAACAACUCGUAAAUUCCUUACUUGCCGCAAGAGAAGCGCCCACCGGCGGUGAACGACCUCCCAAAUUUACAAAAUUAAGUGAUGAGGAACUAGAAGCACUCCGCGAACAUGUCGACGAUCAAUCUAAACAACUUGAUAGUCAGAAAUCAGAGUUGGCCGGUGUACAUGCUCAACUUUUUGAGCAGAAGCAGAGACAAGAACAGGCACUUAAUGUUCUCGAGGUCGAACGCGUAGCAGCACUCGAAAGAGAAUUAAAGAAGCAUCAACAAGCCAACGAGGCUUUCCAAAAGGCUCUUCGAGAAAUAGGUGAAAUUGUUACAGCUGUAGCUAGGGGUGAUCUCAGUAAGAAAGUACAAAUCCACUCCGUGGAGAUGGACCCUGAGAUUACGACUUUCAAGCGGGUUAUCAAUACUAUGAUGGAUCAGCUUCAAAUAUUCUCCAGUGAGGUGUCUCGUGUAGCUAGAGAAGUCGGCACAGAAGGUAUCCUUGGUGGACAAGCCAAGAUUUCAGGCGUCGACGGUACAUGGAAGGAGUUGACUGACAAUGUCAACGUUAUGGCACAAAACCUCACCGACCAAGUCAGAGAAAUUGCAUCCGUCACUACCGCUGUAGCCCAUGGAGAUCUCACACAAAAGAUUGAGAGACCGGCUCAGGGCGAGAUACUACAAUUACAACAAACUAUCAAUACCAUGGUGGAUCAGCUAAGAACUUUCGCUGCCGAGGUCACCCGCGUAGCAAGAGAUGUCGGAACGGAGGGUAUUCUCGGGGGACAAGCAGAAAUCGAAGGCGUCCAGGGCAUGUGGAACACAUUGAUAGUGAACGUCAACGCCAUGGCCAAUAAUCUCACCACGCAAGUGCGCGAUAUAGCAAUCGUCACGACGGCUGUGGCGAAGGGUGAUUUGACUCAAAAGGUUCAAGCAGAGUGCAAGGGAGAAAUCAAGCAGUUGAAGGAGACUAUAAAUUCCAUGGUGGACCAACUACAACAAUUUGCGCGAGAAGUCACGAAGAUCGCCAGGGAGGUCGGUACGGAAGGUAGAUUGGGGGGACAAGCAACAGUGCAUGAUGUCGAAGGCACUUGGAGAGACCUAACCGAAAAUGUGAAUGGUAUGGCCAUGAAUCUUACGACACAAGUACGAGAGAUCGCCAAGGUUACUACCGCCGUCGCGAGAGGAGACCUGACCAAGAAGAUCGAAGUGGAAGUGCAGGGAGAAAUCGCUUCGCUGAAAGACACCAUCAAUACCAUGGUGGACAGACUUGGCACAUUUGCCUUCGAGGUUAGCAAGGUAGCGAGGGAAGUCGGAACUGACGGAACUCUUGGCGGGCAAGCCCAAGUUGAUAACGUGGAAGGAAAGUGGAAAGACCUCACCGAAAAUGUGAACACGAUGGCCAGAAAUUUGACCACUCAAGUACGAGGUAUCUCGACGGUUACACAAGCUAUUGCCAAUGGAGACAUGAGUCAGAAAAUUGAGGUCGCUGCUGCGGGUGAAAUACUCAUACUAAAAGAAACCAUAAACAACAUGGUAGACAGAUUGAGUAUCUUCUCCAACGAGGUGCAAAGAGUCGCCAAGGAUGUGGGUGUGGAUGGAAAGAUGGGUGGUCAGGCCGACGUCGCUGGGAUUGGGGGCCGUUGGAAAGAGAUUACAACUGAUGUCAACACCAUGGCUAACAACUUGACAACACAAGUGCGCGCCUUUGGUGAUAUUACUAAUGCUGCAACGGAUGGUGAUUUCACAAAGUUGAUCACUGUCGAGGCAUCUGGGGAAAUGGAUGAGUUGAAACGUAAGAUCAACCAGAUGGUGUACAACUUGAGGGACAGUAUUCAGAGAAACACCUUGGCUAGGGAGGCUGCCGAAUUUGCCAACAGAACAAAGUCUGAAUUCUUGGCCAAUAUGUCUCACGAAAUCCGAACACCUAUGAAUGGUAUUAUCGGAAUGACGCAGUUAACGCUUGAUACGGAUCUUACACAGUAUCAGAGAGAAAUGCUCAAUAUUGUCCAUAACUUGGCCAACAGUUUAUUGACCAUUAUUGACGAUAUUCUAGAUUUGUCCAAGAUCGAAGCAAACCGUAUGAUUAUGGAGGAAAUUCCAUAUACCCUUCGAGGAACUGUCUUCAAUGCACUGAAGACACUUGCUGUGAAGGCAAAUGAGAAAUUCUUGGAUCUUACCUACCGUGUGGAUAGCUCAGUACCAGAUCACGUUGUUGGUGAUUCGUUCCGACUUCGACAAAUUAUCCUUAACUUGGUUGGAAACGCGAUCAAAUUCACAGAACAUGGUGAAGUCUCAUUGACAAUUCAAAAAGCCGAGCAAGAUCAUUGCGCGCCAAACGAAUAUGCGGUUGAGUUCUGCGUGUCUGACACUGGUAUUGGUAUCCAAGCUGAUAAGCUCAAUUUGAUUUUCGACACUUUCCAACAAGCCGAUGGAUCUAUGACGAGAAAAUUCGGAGGUACUGGUCUAGGUUUAUCGAUUUCGAAGAGACUCGUGAACCUCAUGCGUGGAGAUGUUUGGGUCAAGAGUCAGUAUGGCAAGGGCAGUUCGUUCUACUUCACAUGUACUGUCCGUCUCGCAACCUCGGAUAUCAGCUUCAUUCAGAAACAACUCAAGCCGUAUCAAGGUCACAAUGUUCUGUUUAUCGACAAAGGUCAAACCGGUCAUGGCAAAGAAAUAAUCACUAUGCUUACACAACUUGGUUUGGUCCCCGUUGUUGUCGAUUCUGAACAGCACACCAUCCUUCUCGGCAAUGGAAGAACAAAGGAGAAGAUAGCUUCAACUUAUGAUGUGAUCGUUGUGGACUCGAUUGAGACUGCUCGAAAAUUGCGAUCAAUUGAUGAGUUCAAGUACAUCCCGAUUGUACUCUUAGCUCCUGUUGUUCAUGUCAGCUUGAAGUCUGCUUUGGACCUUGGUAUCACUUCUUACAUGACCACUCCAUGUUUAACAAUCGAUCUUGGCAAUGGUAUGAUUCCUGCCUUGGAGAACCGAGCUGCGCCUUCUUUGGCGGACAACACCAAAUCCUUCGAUAUCCUCCUGGCCGAAGAUAACAUUGUCAAUCAACGCUUGGCGGUCAAGAUUUUGGAGAAGUACCAUCAUGUUGUUACCGUGGUCGGCAAUGGCCAGGAAGCACUCGACGCUAUCAAGGAGAAACGAUACGACGUUAUUCUCAUGGAUGUUCAAAUGCCAAUCAUGGGAGGAUUCGAAGCAACCGCUAAAAUUAGAGAGUACGAAAGAAGUCUUGGAACGCAAAGGACUCCUAUUAUCGCCCUCACAGCACAUGCUAUGUUGGGUGAUCGCGAGAAAUGUAUUCAAGCCCAGAUGGAUGAAUAUCUUUCUAAGCCUUUGAAACAAAAUCAUCUGAUCCAGACGAUUUUGAAAUGUGCAACUCUCGGAGGAGCACUUCUCGAGAAGGGUAGGGAAGUAAGGCAAUCUGCCAAUGAAGAGAGCCCCAACUCGCAAAAUGGUACCCGUAGCAACCAACAUCCUGCAUCGAGUCCCACGCCAGCACAUUUGAGACCGACUAUCGAGCCUCGUGCAUACACUACCACUGGCCCUAUAAACCAUGGAAGUGUCGAGAGUCCUUCACUUGUAACGGCAGAUGCUGAGGAUCCACUUGCAAGGAACCUGUACUAA